UCCUUCCCUUCGAUUCCAUCCUACCAAGAAAGGAACCCAAAAUCUCUUCCUUGCCUCAUCUGUUAAGAUCCUAAAACUUCCCUACAAAACCUCGCAGUGGAAUUCUUCCUGUACCUUCCUACCUGCUGUCUUCGAUGGAGGGAGUGGAGGUCCCUUCCUACUUUCUUUGUCCUAUAUCGCUGGAGCUCAUGAGAGAUCCGGUGACCCUGACGACCGGCAUCACCUACGACCGCGACAGCAUCGAGCGGUGGAUCUUUGACAGGAAGCAGAGCACAUGCCCGGCCACGAAGCAACCCCUGGAGGACCGAGAGCUCACCCCGAACCACACCCUCCGGCGGCUGAUCCAGGCGUGGUGCACCCUCAACUCCUCCAACGGCGUCGAUCGGAUCCCGACCCCGAGGCCCCCCAUCGACAAGGCGCAGAUCGCCAAGCUCCUAGAGGAAGCCAGACUGCCCCAGUUCCGGCUUGGCUCCCUGCGGGAGCUUAGGACGAUCGUCUCCGAGAGCGACAGGAACAGGCGGUGCGUCGAGGCCACUCCCGGCGUCGUCGACUUCUUGGCUUCCGUCAUAGUCAACUACGGAUCGGAAGGAGAAACCGGUGAUGGCUCGGAGUCCGCGAGCGCUUGCGAUGAGGCACUCGUCCUCCUUCAGACUCUUGAAAUCUCUGAAGAAGGCCUCCUCGAUGUUUUCGUGAAGAACGGCGGCAUAAUGGAGUCGCUGUCGAUGAUCCUACGACGAUCGAACUACCAGUCGCGGAGCAAUGCGAUGCUUAUUCUGAAUUCUUUACUCGGAGUAAUCCCGCCGGCUCGAUCGAUCGGUCUCGGCGGGGAGCUGUUCCAGGAGAUCGUGAACGUGGUGCGUGACCGCAUCUCACAGCAGGCGACCAAGGCGGCACUGCAUGCGCUCCUCAGACUGUGUCUAUACGGAAAGAGCCGCGUCAAGGCGGUGGAAGCAGGAGCGGUGCACGCCCUCGUCGAACUGCUGCUCGAGAGCCCCCAGAAGAGAGUCUGUGAGCUGGCGUUGGCGGGCCUGGACUGGCUCUGUGGUUGCGCCGACGGGAGGGCGGAGCUGGUUCGCCACCGGGCGGCCAUCCCUGCGGUGUCCAAGAAGAUACUCCGGGUGUCGCAGCUGGCGAGCGAGAAGGCGGUGAGGAUAUUGCACUCGGUGGCGCGGCACUCGGCGACGGCGGCGGUGCUGCAGGAGAUGAUGAACGUGGGGGUGGUCUCCAAGCUGUGCCUGGUGCUCCAAGUUGGCUGCGGGGGGAAGAUGGAGGAGAAGGCCAGGGAGAUCCUAAAGUUGCACUCCAGGGUUUGGAAGGACUCCCCAUGUUUAUCUCCUCUCUACAGCUCUACGUAUCCGAUGUCAUACUGUACAUGAAAGAUCUCUUUUAGCUUCUUUCGAUGGGCAUGAAGGCAUGUCCUCGAAGCCGAAAUAAACCAUUUAAGAAGACCCUAUGACGUGGUGGGUCCCACUUGCACGACUAUUAAAGAUGACGUGGUGCUUUCCUAA